AAGAGCGGUCGGCUCAGGUUUUAAAGGGGUUGGAAAAGCGAGGGAGCCCUGGGAGUGCAGUCAGUUGGCCCCUCUGGGGGUUAUUCUCUCUCCUCCCAGAUCUGUCCCGAAGUCAGUGUGUCGACUUGAGGAAGGCAUUCCCCUCCCCCACCCCCACCCCGAGAUGGAGUCCACGCUCCCAACAACCGGGGCCCAGGGACCGAUGCUGUUUGAGGAUCUGGCUGUGUUUUUUUCUCAAGAGGAGUGUGUGUGUCUGCACUCUGUCCAGAGGUCCCUCAGCAGAGACACUACACAGGAGUGUUUCGAGGAGAUGGCCUUGAUGGGAGGGAAAGGCAAGACUGAGAUUACUCAGCAGUUAAAUCUAGACUCUAUGGGAGUUGAGGAACUGGCCCCAGAAAACUCCUCCAUUGCCGUGCCCCUUGUCUAUUACCCAGAAAAAUCUUCUGAGACUGGAGGUGGAGACCCUGAAAGGAAAGUAUCAGGUGGAACUCCUGCUUGCAAGAAAAGGUUCAUAAGCCUAUUAGUUACCAUCGAAAACCAUACCCCAUUAAUAGACCCACCUCAAUGUCUAGAAACUACAGCACUUUCUGAAAUUCUUGAAUUUUCUGGGGAAGAAGCCAAACAUUUGUAUAAGUGUCCUGAAUGUGACCAAAGCUUCAGUGAUAAUUCAUACCUUGUUUUGCAUCAGAGAACUCAUUCAGGAGAGAAGAAGUAUAAACGUGGUGACUGUGGGAAGAUUUUCAAUCACAGAGCUAACCUGAGGACACACAGGAGAAGCCACGCUGGCGAGAAGCCUUAGAAGUGUGCUGAGUGCGGCAGCAGCUUCCGCCAGCACUCACAUCUGUCCCGGCAUAUGAAUAGCCACGUAAAGGAGACGCCCCACACAUGUGGCAUCUGUGGGAGAGGUUCUUUGUGGCCCCCAGGGUUGGCACAGCAUCAGAAAACCCACGCGGCCAAAAAAGCCUAUGAAUGUACCGACUGUUGUAAAGGUUUCGGUCAGGAGACAAAUCUUGCUUUGCGUGAGGAAACGCACACGUCAGCCACCCAGUACCCGUGCACUCAGUGUGUGCAGUGCUUUGGAGAGCCCUCACACUCUGUCCUCCCCGACCAGGGCCACGAGGACGACUGUGAGGACGACGCCGAACACUGCGGGGACUGCAGAGAAAAUUUGCUUUUGUUCUCAAAAUUCAAACCCUUAAAAUGUCCCGAGUGCGCAGUGACCUUCCUCCGUGUCUCUGAGCUUGUUUCCCAUCAGAGCGUUCACAGAGGGGAAAAGCCCCAUAAAUGUAAAACAUGUACAAAGAGCUUUAUUUUGGACUCAGAGCUCGCAUGCCACCAGAAGAGCCACACAGGAGAGGAGCCUUUUAAACGUACCACGUGUGGAAAAAGUUUCAGGUUGAAUAGACAUCUCGUUAUUCGUCAGCAAACCCAUAAGAAAACCACCACGUAAAUAUAGCCAGUUUGCAUUCCUACUCUCUUUUUCUGUAUCUGUAUUGAAAACCAGGGAGGAGUUGUCCUUUAUAUGCCAGACGCGUGACACGCAUUCCGUGCCCUGCACCCCAACCUUGCUUUGGGGACUGUGAUUUCUACUUUAUAAUCGAGGAAGCAUAAUCAUUGUCACAGCCAGUGAAUGAAGCCAGGAUUCAGUAACUCACUCACUGUUCAGAUACCAUUUGGAUGAGCCAGAUAAUGAUACAGAACUUUUUUUUAAAUUCAGUUUUCAUUAAACUGAAAGUUUUGCUGGAGUUGUUUUAAUUUUGCUACAUGGUUUGUAAGUUAACUUCUGGAAGGAGAAGAAUUUUGUUUUAUUUUUUGCUAGUUCUGCAGAUCUCGUAUCUAGGAAAGUAAUGCAUCUCUGUGUUACGCUUUUUUUGACUAUAACUAUCUGAAUGUAACAUUUGUUCUGAGAGCUGAUAUUUCACGUGCUACUUUCUGAAGUGGUUUGGAAGCUUGUAUUUCUGGUGUGGAAAGUUCCCAAAUAGGUGGACAGGUUGGUGUUAUGAUGCCGAUUAGUAUCUUUGGAGUUCCCAUUCUGAGAUCUGAUGCCACUGGCCUUUCUGACUCAUUUGCAAGGAGUUUUGACAGUCUGACUGUAGCCCUUUCUGGUGCCUGGACUUGAGUGAAAGUUACUUGCUUCUCUCUGAAAGGAUUUACCUCUAAGUCUCUACCAAAGCACAUUACCUGCCUUUCUAUGAGUAAUAGUAGCUGGUGUUUAGUGAACCUGGUAUAUUAUCUAAUUUAAUCUUCAGGAUAAAUCUGACAGAGAAAGGGCUAUCCUUGUUUCAUAAAUGAGGAAACUGAAGCCCACAGAGGGUAAAGUCAAAGUCAGUACGUUGCCCAAGACGAAAAUAGCAAUGUACUGAAGCCGGCAUUUAACCUUGGGUCCUUCUGACGGUAAAGGUUGUGCAUUCUUCAGUAUUGUUGUGUGUUGGCUUUGUGUUGGGGCCGCAAGCCACCAGGGAGGCCGAGCUGGGUGGAUGAGAGCGGUCAUCAUGGAGGCUACCCCGUGCACAUGCAUCCUAGAACCCCUCCACUGCCCUGUGCUUUAUCCCAAGCCUGACUUACAUGUAUGGUUAUAAAGCAAAAGAAAGAUUCCCCAAGACUUCCAGUUCAAAUUCCCAUCCCUGUGAUCAGAUCAGAGACUGCAGACUCUACAGAGUACAGUCCUUAUGGUUUUAGUUGGGUUUUGGUUUAAAAAACAAAAUGUCCUCUUCAUCUCCAAAGAAAAAUACGUACAGAAAACGCUUAAGAGUUUCACCAAACUACCUGACACCACGUAAGUCUUUAGAUACUGCCGUUACAUAUAAAUAUUGGAGCAAGAUACUCUUAAAUGGGUUGGUCAUUCAUGUUAAAGAAUCAGGGAAUCUUGUAAAGAUACAUUCAUACACGAUUUCUCUUUAAAGAAAAACUGUGUACCUAUCAGCAAAGCUGUUUUUAAAUGGACUUUCGAUCAGGAUGUGAGAACCGUCUUACUCUACUUAAACAGUAUAGAAGUAUGGCAUUGACUAAAAUGGGGUUGUCACUGGGAAACCGCGUGAGCAAUAGUGCGCCUCUUUAGGCAAGUAGUACUUGGAAGAUGUGGUUUUUCUACAGGACAGCAGGUUGAGAACUGAAUAUACAAAAUGAUGGAGGCUGCUGCUCUAAGCUCUUAACACUGUGCAGAGGCAAGAAACUAUUCCUGAGGAGUAAGGGAAAUGGAGACCCCAACCCAGCUCAUUCCUAACUCCCUUUUUGUUGGUCUUGUUUCUUGUUUGCAGCUCCACAGUUGAGACCCUGUGAUCUGAAUGUCAGGGUCACGUUUGACUCUCUGUUUUGGAUGUCUCCACUCAAUACGAGACACCAGUCUGCUGGGGCUUUCGGAUCUUAUUAUUUUUUUUUUUUUAACAUUUAUUUAUUUUUGAGACAGAGAGAGACAGAGCAUGAACGGGGGAGGGGCAGAGAGAGAGGGAGACACAGAAUCAGAAACAGGCUCCAGGCUCUGAGCCAU